CGGUCACCCGAGCCAUAGCGCGCGCGCAAACACAUCACGACGGUUAUUCUGGUUUUCCCGUCCCACCAUGUUGGUAGUACUUUUGUAGUAGUAGUAGUUAAACAGAAUAAUGCCUGCCGUUUGUGCAGUUUAUGGUUGUGGAUCACGUAGACAUAGUGAUGGGGUCAGGUUUUGUCGUAUCCCUCAAAUCAAACUGCAUCGUGGUGACCACGAGAGAGAGCUCACGGAAAAACGUCGGCGAUUGUGGAUUGCAGCCAUCGGCGGGCCUGUCAAAGACUUUGGCGAGAGCGCCAGUGUCUGUUCUCGCCAUUUUGUCAGUGGCAAAAGUGCUGGGAAUUGGGAAACAUCCAGCGUUGACUGGGUUCCAACCCUGUGUCUGGGUGCUGACGAUGGACUUAGAUUGCGAUACGGGAGAGCAAAGAAGCGAGGAAUAGUCCCACACGAGAUUAAUGCUGACGAUGUAGCACAGAAGAGGAAGUGCAGCCAACCAGUAAAAACAGUACGGCAUUUACUGCAGAUUUUAAGAAACCAACCCAAUGAAGUAAAUGAACCCCACCACGAUACUGGAAACGCGAGACCCAACUUCCAAGAUGUGAUGUCACAAACUCAUCUAACUGGACAAGUUAGCCAUAUUGUGAACCAAGAUGAACACAUUUCUCGACUACGUGACCAGGCUGAGCUAACAAGGUCUGUGAGUCAAGCAAGUUUAGCAGGGAAUGAUGAACAAGUCAGAUACUAUACUGGGCUACCUACAUACACUAUUGUGGUGGCUAUUUUUAAUCUUGUAUCCCCGAAUAUUGAUGUAACCCACCGCUCAGCUAUGUCCAAAUUUCAACAAAUGAUGAUUGUGCUUAUGAGGCUCAAGUUAAAUUUGUCAGAAUGUGAUUUGGCAUACAGAUUUGAUGUUGCUCAGUCAACAAUUUCCAGGGUUUUUAAAUUAACCUUAGAUGUUCUUUUUACAAGACUGAACCAUUUCAUCCUGUGGCCAGAGAGAGAAGAGCUCCGCUUAGCCAUGCCAAUGCAAUUCCGAGAGCAUUUUGGGAAGCGUGUGGCUGUCAUUAUCGACUGCUUUGAGAUUUUCAUCGACCGGCCUCCAAAUCUAUCUGCUGGAGCACAAACUUGUAGCAACUACAAGCAUCACAGUACUAUCAAAUAUUUGAUCGGUAUCACCCCCCAGGGAGCAAUCUCCUAUCUUUCCAAUGCAUGGGGAGGUAAAAUAUCGGACAAACAUAUCAUUGAGGAUUGUGGAGUUUUAAUGAAGUUAGAACCAGGUGAUUUAGUGCUUGCUGACUGUGGUUUUGACAUUGCUGAAAGUGUGGGCAUGCAGUGUGCCGAGGUAAAACCACCGGCAUUUACUGGCGGCAAAAAGCAACUUGCACCUGCAGAAAUAAAGGUAACAAGUAACAUCGCCCAUGUUAGGAGUCAUGUGCAGAGGUGUAUUGGCAAUGUCCGUAAGAAAUACGGGAUUCUUGGUGGGCAAAUUCCCGUUGACUACUUAGAAACAAAAGAUAGUCAGGGUUGGACAACUAUGGACAAAAUUGCCAGACUCAGCUGUGCACUUACAAAUUUGAGUAACUCUGUUGUUUCACUCAACUAAGCGAAUGAUAAGUGUAGUCCUGUCAAAUAUUCCAGAGGUGGGCAUGAAAUAAGUAGUAGUUUAUUUUCAGUCCUGUUUCCGUAUCGGAAAGAAAUUACACAACCUCACAACUUUUGAGUCAUGUCAAAUUUCAUGUCGAAUAUUCCAGAGGUGGGCUUGAAAUAAGUUGUAUAUUUUCAGUCAUGUUUGCUAUCAGAAAGAAAUUACACAACCUCGCAACUUUUGAGUCAUUUCAAAUUUCAUGUCGAAUAUUCCAGAGGUGGGCUUGAAAUAAGUUGUCGAUUAUUUUCAGUCAUGUUUUCUAUCGGAAAGAAAUUAAACAACCUCGCAACUUUUGAGUCAUGUCAAAUUUCAUGUCGAAUAUUCCAGAGGUGGGCAUGAAUUAAGUAGUAGUUUAUUUUCAGUCAUGUUUCCUAUCAGAAAGAAAUUACACAACCUCGCAACUUUUGAUUCAUGUCAAAUUUCAUGUCGAAUAUUCCAGAGGUGGGCUUGAAUUAAGUUGUCGUUUAUUUUCAGUCAUGUUUCUAUAUCAGCAAGAAAUUCCAUAACCUCACAACUUUUGAGUCAUUUCAAAUGUUUAAGGACUGCAAUAAUAAAAGAAUUGAAACAAUUCCAAAGAGUAACUUAAA